GACGCCCGCCGUCUUUGUUGGACGAGCCGAUUCAUUCGUGCGGAAACAUGGAGGUAUUGUACGGUUCAUUCGAGCCAGGUGUAGCACCGCGUUUAAAAGUAUCUGAACGCGCUCGCCGCGGGAUGGGGAACACCGACCUAUUUUUAUUACGCACGGCAAAGGAAAUCUGAUCUCGCUACUCCAUCGAAAAACAAAAUGGACGAUGGGUGAACAAAGUUUUUAUCGAGUUGGAAAAGUUAUGUUUUAGCGCAGUGUAUUUCCGUGCAGUUAGGGUAGUGUUUAUGUGUGAUGGAUAACUGUCGUGUGUGUGAGUUUUUUGAGACAGGUAGAUGAUAUCUGUACAAUUAACUGUUUUCCCUCAAGCGGAGUAUGAAGGCGUUAGGAGCAGACGACCUAAAGGAAUUUAGGACAUGUUGGCAUCUCAGGAAAUAACGUUUAAACUAUACUUUCGUGUUCUGUAGGUGUGCUAAUUAGACUAUUAGUUGGUGCUAAUUAUGCCUGCGGUGCUGAUGGAACUGUUAUAAUCAUAUUUUUCAUCCGAUUUUAAAAGAAAGGUUUAAAACUUUCCUUCGAGUUUCGAUUGUCUUUGUGAAGUUGUGUUGAAAGUUUCAAACGUGAUCCACAUGAUAAAGUGGACGAAGCUGAGGAGUGCCCGGUGAUCGUAUUUCAUUGAAUACCAGUCGGCUUCUCAGAGACACACUAAACCUGGAUUCAACUUGAAGUUGGAGUGUGUAAAACCUCGCCUAGAAUUGGACUACUCGAAUGUGUUUGAUUUUCGGCUAUCCAGUGACAGCAGAUCUGACUUUGCAUUUCAUUGCUGGAUACUCGAAGGAAUAAUCCCACUCGGUGUUUGGUGUCCCCUGUGUGUGCCAUUGUUUGUGAGAGGUUUCCUGGCCCGUCUCAUGUGCAAAUCAUUUUGUUCCAGUCUAUUUUCCUCUCGCAUACACGUGAUCUCCUGACCUGCCUGUAAAGAAUUACCUGAUUUACAUAUGAUGGUGAUCAGCUGGGUUGCCUAUAAGGAAUUUCUGUGAUUUACAUAUAAUGGUGAUUUUGGAACAAUUGAAAGCGUAGUUUUUAUUCAUUGAAAUGCAGAAUAUCAUAAUAUUUAAUAGCUUAAUAUUUAAAGCAACCACUAGUACGUUUUGUCGUUUUUUAUCGUUUGUUUCUGUUGACAAAUGAAAGAAAGUUGCUACUUUGAAAAUCAAUGUGAAAAAAAAACAUAUGUCACUGUCAUUAUAAUUUUAAAAUGAGAAGUCAUCAGUUUAAAAUUAAUUCAUAAAAGACUUGUCUGUUAUCCAUGGUGAAUAUACAUCAAAUGUAAAUAAUAACUAGAUGUUGAUAUAUUCACUGGAGACAAAUAUACAUUAAUGUUUUAAUUACAAAUCUAUAGUGCCAAAAUGAAGAAACUCGCAACACGUAUUCUGGAAGAUUUUUACCAUAACUAAUUAAUCUUGUGUUAGUUCUGAAUAUUGAAAUGACUGCUAGAACAGUGUAGGAUUCAUUGUACCUUCAACAGUGUUGUUUAUAGGAUUUACUUUCAACAUGAAGUGAAAACAAACAAACUAUUCUUUAAUCCAUCAUACAUAUUUACCAAUCCCAAAUGCGUGUGAUCUUUACCAUGGAUGGAUUACACAAUCUAGCAUUCCUUCUGCUCCUCCUCACCCUACCACCAUUAGCAUCAUCUGUUGCUAACAGCAACUGCCAAAGACAGAACACCAGCUGCAUUGCUUUAAACUCGACUCUGUGCAUGGGAGUGAAACUCCCGUUCACCCACACGUCGCUGAUGUUCGCCAACGACUCUGCGACUCUCGAUGACGUCACGGACAAGCUGUACCUAUGGAGCGGGUUGCAGAACGUGCCCCAGUGCUGGGCGGUGGUCCAGCCGUACCUGUGCUCCGUGUACCUGCCUAAGUGCGACGACAACACCAUGGUUCUGGAGUACCCCAGCAGAGAGGUGUGUGAGCGCACCAGGGGCCCGUGUAAGAUCGUCGACAACUACAACAAGGGCUGGCCGGAUUUCCUCCAGUGCGACCAGCCGUACUUCAAAACUAACUGCGAGACGGACACCUACGAGAAGAUAACGUUUAACACGACGGGUCGGUGUGAACCGCCGCUGAUCGCCACCCGGAACAAGGAGAGUUGGUACGAGGAUGUCGACGGGUGUGGGCUGCAGUGUCAGAACCCCCUGUUCACCGACUCGGAACAUCGCCAGGUCCACAUCUUCGUUGCAUUCUGGGGAUCAGUCUGUCUCAUUACGACAUGCUUUACUGUGCUGACGUUUGUGAUAGACUGGAAGAACGCGAGUCGGUAUCCCGCGCUGAUCCUCUUCUUCAUCAAUGGGUGUUUCUUCAUCGGGAGCAUCGGCUGGCUGGCACAGUUCGCCGGCGACGCAAGGAACGACAUCGUGUGUCGGUCCGACGGAACGGUCCGUAGCGGAGAGCCACAGCUGGGAUCGGGUGAGACGGCCUCGUGUACGGUGAUCUUUCUGCUCGUCUACUACUUCAUGAUGGCAGGGAUCACGUGGUUUGUGAUGCUGGCGUACGCAUGGCACGUGACAUUCAAGGCGCUGGGCACACCACGCGACGACCUCACCAGCAAGACAGCCUACUUCCAUCUCAUCAGCUGGUGUCUGCCGCUCGUGCUGUCCAUCAUCUGUCUCGCUAUUUCAGAGAUUGACGGGGACUCUCUGAGUGGAAUUUGUUUUGUUGGCUACACGAAGAAUGGCGUGCGAGCUGGAUUUGUGCUAGGACCAGUGGCAGUGGUUCUAGUUUGUGGGAUGUUCUUUCUUAUCAGAGGUUUGAUGACGUUAAUUAAGAUAAGGAAGGAUGUCCCAAUGUCCGUCAGUGCCAAAGCUACCUCCAAAAUACGAGAAACAAUUCUGAGACUAGGUAUUUUUGCAUGUUUGGCAUUUUCGUUUGUCAUCAUGACCUUUGUGGUUCACGUUUAUACAUUUGCUAAUGAGGAGAAAUGGAGAGAGAGUUUCCGAGACUACAUGUACUGUGAAGCGAACGUCACUCUCCUCCAGUCGACCACCAACGCCACCGCCCAGACCUGCGUGGUGACAAACCGACCCAGCCUCAUCGCCGCACAGAUUCAUGUCUUCGCGUUCUUCGGGGCAGGCAUCGCCAUGAGUUCAUGGUCCUGGAACAAAGCCUCGCUUUCUUCAUGGGAAAGAUUCCUUAGAAAGGUAUUUAGAAAGCCGUCCAACAAACCAGUGAAACUGAAAAAACACAAAAUGAUAGCGAGAGCGUUUGAGAAAAGAAAAGACAUCAACAAUGGAAGAAUGUCCAUCAGUUUUCACAGCACACACGAUGAUCCCCUUGGGAUGAAACUUGAUCUCAACAGUGUAAGUUCACACAGUGUCUCAUCAACCUUUGCCGCAGCAAUGCCAAAACUAAUCAGACGGAGAGGUGGGGUCACUGCACCAGUUGCCGGAACGCUGAGGAGAUACUCGGACUCGGACAUCCAGUCUCUCAAGUCCCACAACUCUCAGCUAGGCUUCGCUAUCGGUCAGGUUGGGAUAUCGGACAGUGAGGAAUCCCGCGAGCCGGUGAAGAAACGGAAGAAGAAGAGGAAGAAGAGGAGAAGGAACAAGAUCCAGCCGAUCAUCGCGCCGGUCCUCAAUGCCCUGCGAGCUCCGCGCGGUGGCCUCAUCCGCCGGGGAAGCAACGGGUCGAUGAUCAGCCGCGCCUCUGCCCACAGUGUCCGGGUGUCCGUGGAGCGACAGAGCGUGGAGGCCGUGUCUGUGUCGUCCAUGCACAACCAUUCCGGGAUAGAAACCAUCGACCUGGGUCAGGAGCAGCAGACGGCCGCGGCAGACAGGCCAAAACCCGAUUUUUCAUUAUUUACAGCUAGUGCAUUCCUUCCCGAGAAUAACGGGAAAAAAGACAAGUCCGGAGGAAAUAGCCGAACGUAUCACGUGUCAUCGAGGCGAAGCCGCAGGUCAGAGAUCACCAUUGAGAUGGAGACCGCGCGAUUCUUCCCCGCACGGAUGCUGCACGGGAUGGGGUCUCGGCACGGGCGGCGACGCUUUAAUCAAAACAUGGACUCGACAAUAGUUCAGAUAAAUCCUGAGAAAGGAUCACAGUCAGAAUAACUGUUAUAUGGUUUAAUCAAAACAUGGACUCAGCAAUAGUUCAGAUUGAUCCCGAGAAAGGGUCACAGUCAGAAUAA